AUGCUCAUUUUGAAAAUGUCUUUUAAAUCGUUCAGAUUGAUUUUUUUAUUAAUCAGUGUCUUAAAUUUAAUUGCGUUGGGAUUAGCUAAUAGUGAGCAGUGCUUUUACGUUUAUAUUUGCUGUCAACGACAUCCGGAGACCUACGCUUGUUUAGAAUACUGUCAACCGUCUUUUGAGUGUGGAAAUCAUUUGGUUGAGUCUAAUGACGAUAAUUUGAGUGAGAACGAACAAUUAAGUACAACAACAGAAGAAACAAGAAGUACAGUAGAAAAUUUUAUAGCUACAACUGACGAAUCAGCUCCAAAAGAUCCAGUAGAUCCAGUUGAAAGUGAAUCAACAACAUUAAAGACUGAAACUCAGACAGGAAAGGAUACGCACGUGAUUGAUACUAAAUUGUGUCGAAUAGGAAUGAGAUUAGUGGCUGGAAGGUGCAAACGAGUCACAAGUUGCAUAUGGACAUAUCGAUGUUGUGAAUUUAAGCAAAAUGGACUAAAUAUUGAGUGCGUAAGGAUGUGUGAGGCACAGAUCAACUGUGAAUUGACUACCACAACUGAAUCUUAUGAAGGCGAUGCAGAAAAUCUUGAAAGUGGGGAAUCAUCAGUUCCAAAACCGUUGGAUUUGCGGUACUUAAGGAGAAAUUGUAAGGCUGGAUAUAGAUUUGUUAGUGGAAAGUGCAGGAUGGUGAUGAGAUUGCAGGAUACACACACGGACGCUCAAUUGGAUUGA